UGUGUUGCAGGGCAGGAAGUCGGUCCGGUAUGGAGACUAUCAGUUCUGUGACCAGGCCAAGUCUGUUAUCGUGAGGAACACCAGCCGCCAGUCCAAGCCCCUCCGGGUCCAUGUCAUGCACUCGUCGGUUGUUGCUCAUCAGUGUUUUGCUCUGAAGGCUCUCAGCUGGUUGGGACAGAUCAUCCAGUACUCUGAUGGGCUGAGGAGGAUUCUGUGUCAGGUCGGUCUGCAGAAAGAAGAAGGAGAAUAUUCCUCGCUGGUCGACAAGCUGAUGCUCAACGACUCCAAGAUGUGGAAAGGAGCGAGGAACAUCUACCACCAGCUGCUGAUGAACAGCCUCCUCAUGGACCUCAAGUACAAGAAGAUCUUCGCCAUACAGUUUGCAAAGAACUACAGACGGCUCCAGACAGACUUCAUGGAGGACGACCAUGAGAGAGUGGUGUCAGUGACCUCGCUGUCUGUUCAACUCUUCACCGUCCCAACCAUGGUCCGUAUCUGAUGGGGGGACCUGAAUGACCACCAUCAUCAGGACCUUCGUGGACCACCUCCGCCACCGAGACCUUCAGGGACGCUUCCAGUUCGACCGCUACACGGCGCAGCAGGCCUUCAAUUUCGGAC